AUGUCUGCUGGUCUGGAGGACACAGACAACGUGUUCGACCUGAACGAGGCGAUCCCAGAGACCGAGCUGCUGGAUAACAGCAUCCAGAAGGGUCGAGCUCAGCUGUCCGUCAAAGCCCGCCGGUCCCGCCCCUCCCGGUCCCGUUACCGUGACAGCGUGAGCUCCACGGAGGGCGAGGACAGUCUGGAGAAGAAGGACAGUCCGUUACACUCCGCCCGCUCACCGCUCCACCUGGCCAUGCGAGGCUCCUCCCCCUCCCCUGAUUCGUUGCUGUCGUCUCGAAGCCCCGCCUUCUCCUUUGACACCUCGCUGGUGCGUCGCUCUCCAGAGGAAGGAGGCGCGUCAUUGGACGCUGCCCCGCGGGGGCGGUACCACCAGCUGACCAAUGCCACGUCUCAGGAGGCUUUGGUCACGCCCAUCAGCUCGCCGUCCAAAUCCUCGUCGGACUGCUCACCGGUUUACCUGAGGAGGAGCCGGAGGCCCGACAGCGAAGUGUUAGUAUCAGACAGGAGUAGAGACAGCAGUCCAGCUGAUCCUGACAGUUCCACCGUCGUCUUUGACAAGAAAACCAAAAGACGCUUCCUGGAUCUCGGUGUGACUCUGAGGCGUUCCUACAUCAGAGUGAGGAAAGAUAAAUCCAACAGACUGUCUGUCGGCAGCAGGGAGACGUCAGAGAGUCCGUCUCGUUCCUCCGGGUCCUUCGUCCCGUUCUCCUGGUUCUCUGAAGGACGAGGCUCUCUCUCCUCCUCUGGGACGCCACCAUGCUCCCCCAAAAUACCCAAAAUACCCCCCAUGGGCUCACCCAGACCCUGCAAGUCCCACUCACAGGAGUCGGCUCUCAGCGAGGAGUUCUCUCCUCCUCACACCUCCUCCUCCACCUCUCCACCUGUCGACUCCUCCUCCUCCAGAUCCUCCCAUCCGUACCACACGCUGUCCCAGUCCUCCGACGAGACGUGUGAGGAGUCGUCGUGUCUCGUGUCGUCCUGGACGGCUCAGCAGGUCUGUCAUUGGCUCAGAGGACUCAACAUGGAGCAAUACGUCCCAGAAUUCAGUGCGAGAGACGUUGAUGGACAAGAACUGCUGCAGCUGGACGGGAACAAGAUGAAGGCUCUGGGCGUGCUCAGUUCGUCUGACCGCAGCGUUCUGAAGCGGAGGAUUAAAGACAUCCAAUCAGCAGCAGAGAAAGAACGAAAAGCUCUCGACAAGCUGGAGAAACAGAAAGAGAAACAGAGGAGGAAAGACCAGGAGCAGAGGAACCAGUACCGUAAAGAACCAGGAGGAACCAGGAGGAACCAGUACCGUAAAGAACCAGGAGGAACCAGCAGGAACCAGCAGGGACCAGGAGGAACCAGCAGGAACCAGGAGGAACCAGGAGGAACCAGCAGGGACCAGGAGGAACCAGCAGGGACCAGCAGGAACCAGCAGGAACCAGGAGGAAUCAGCAGGAACCAGGAGGAACCAGCAGGAACCAGCAGGAACCAGCAGGGACCAGCAGGAACCAGCAGGAACCAGGAGGAAAAAGCAGGAACCAGGAGGAACCAGCAGGGACCAGCAGGAACCAGCAGGAACCAGGAGGAAUCAGCAGGAACCAGGAGGAACCAGCAGGAACCAGCAGGAACCAGCAGGGACCAGCAGGAACAAGCAGGAACCAGGAGGAAAAAGCAGGAACCAGGAGGAACCAGCAGGGACCAGGAGGAACCAGCAGGAACCAGGAGUAAUCAGCAGGAACCAGGAGGAACCAGCAGGAACCAGGAGGAACCAGCAGGAGCCAGUAGAGACAGGAGCAGCCGCAGGUUCAGGCCUGCCGGCCGGCUGCUUUGCAUUCCUGGUGAUUUUCUCCAUGAAGACGAGUCAGAGCUUCAAUCCUUCGUCUGA